CUCGCCCAAACCUGAGAAUAAAAGUGAUCUUGAGCAGAAAGAUGACUCCGAGAAGAAACCUGAGCCCUCCUCAUCAGAUUUCGCCACAGUGAAAGGUCAGUUACCUGUACAAAAAGGUUGAUGAGUCAGCCAUUAGCAAGAUGGCUCGGGAUGUAGUGAGAAACGUCAUAACACCGGAAGUAUACAUUAAGCUAAACCUCCACGGCAAGGGAGACUUAAACAAGGAAGGUUGGACAGAGCUCCACAUGUUCCAAGUGCAGCGAAGUGUGGUGGCCAAGAAAUUUGGGGAUUCAGAUCUCGUGAUGAAUCAGCUCAAAACUACCACAGGUCUGUUCUUAGUCCAGGAGGCAGGAAAAUGUGUAAAGAAACAGAGUCUUCGACACUUCAACCUUUGUCACCUCCGCCUGUUCAUUCACCCGAAUCAACUCCGAAUCCAAUCCAAUUCACAUCAACACCUCAUUUUCAUUCACCUACAUCGCCUACAAUUCGGAUAUGAUUGACAUCACC